AAUUUUAAAGCAUCACACAUGACAUCAGUAUAUAUGCCCUCUUUAUAUAAUAGACCCUGUUCGUUUAAUCGGCUCCACUUUUUGUUGUUGGUGGUGAUCGACGGCUCCUGAUUCACACGCUCCACGUCACAUCUCCGGUUACCGGCGAUCAUACAACAAUGGGGCUGUCUUUUACCAAGCUAUUCAGUCGCCUGUUUGCUAAGAAGGAGAUGCGAAUUCUGAUGGUUGGUCUCGAUGCAGCUGGUAAAACCACAAUUUUGUACAAGCUCAAGUUGGGGGAAAUUGUCACCACUAUCCCUACUAUUGGAUUCAAUGUUGAAACUGUUGAAUACAAGAACAUCAGCUUUACUGUGUGGGAUGUUGGGGGUCAAGACAAGAUUCGACCGUUGUGGAGGCACUACUUCCAAAACACACAAGGUCUUAUCUUUGUGGUUGACAGCAAUGAUCGUGACCGUGUAGUUGAGGCCAGGGAUGAGUUACACAGGAUGCUUAAUGAGGAUGAACUAAGAGAUGCAGUGUUACUUGUUUUUGCCAACAAGCAAGAUCUUCCAAAUGCAAUGAAUGCUGCUGAGAUCACUGACAAACUUGGUCUGCAUUCUCUCCGACAGCGACACUGGUAUAUCCAGAGCACAUGUGCCACCUCUGGGGAAGGUCUUUAUGAGGGAUUGGACUGGCUUUCCAACAACAUUGCUAACAAGGCUUAAAAGGGACUCACGUAUGCAUCGUAUAACGAGUAUUGUUAGCAUUUUAUCUAUGUUGAGGACUCGGGAUUUCUUCUUGUCAAACACUCGUAUUUUGAUCCGCUUUCAUAGACUGUAUACAUCAUCACAUUUAGAAUCUGUACGACUUGAUUUCUGUAAUAUGAUGUUUGGUAAUAAGCAGAUGAUCUCUUUUCUGUAUUC